ACGCCAAACUUUCGCAAAAAAAAAGUUUGCUGAAUACGCACCCAGACCCUUUGUUGACGGAAAUAAUGGACAACCUCUAAAGGGAAAUUCCUUAGCUGGGUAAUCAGAAAAUUAAGGCUAGGCGUGUCACUUAGGUCGGAGUUUUACAUAUAAAAUUUUGACUUAAACUAUGUGUUCUGUCUUCGAUUUUGUAUGCCACGUACGUCUUAAAAUUAAGUUUACUGUAUUUUAGAUUAAUUAUAAAGAUGGUUCACAGUUCACGUUAUAAACGGUCUCAUUUUGUAUUGAUUACUGCACUAUUAAGAUUGGUAACAUCAAAAGAGUUUUGUGCAGAAACGUUUCUUGAUGUUGACUUAAAACCUUUGAAUUGCACAGUGUUUUGUCGCUGUGCAAUUAAUGAAAAUUAUCUUGGGUGCAGCAAAACCUGCUGUUGCGCAGCUUCAGAACUUCCAAGUGAAUCCAUAACAGAUCUCAAUGUUUCUACAAAACUAACCAUUUCAGAGGGCAGUUCAUUUAAUACUGAUGUUGUAUUUGCAAUGGAUUUGUCAUCCUCUUCGAACGAUAUCCUUCAGAAACAGAAAAAGAUAAUUAGAUCUCUUACAGAGUAUCUUUUGCCAUCAACAUCAAAUGAGUUAGGGUUGAUCACUUACUCUGACCUUAGUAACAUAGAUUCAGAACUCAGUCCUAAAUUCAAUAAUAAGAUUUUAGAUAAGAUUGAAAACAAUGGUAGGAGGCAAAAUGUUAGUUCAGCUAUUACCGUUGCUUCAGAUAAUAUUUUCAAAAAAAGAAACAACGAUGAAAAGCUAAAGAACAAGCAAAGAGUGUUAGCACUUUUUGUUGUUGGAAAACCGUCUUCUAGCAACCCACAAGCUGUUCCUGAACGUUAUGGAAAAUUGUUACAGAAAAAUAAUGUGCUAACAGUAAUCAUUGGGUUUGAUGAAGUAGGCAAUGAUUUUAACAAAAAUAUGCCUGGAUCCAAACUUUUGAAAUACUCUGAAGAUAAAACUCUCAAUGAAUUGAAAGAAUUAAUGCAAGGAUGGCAUGAUAUUGGGAUAAACAAAAACGUCACAAUGCCUCAAAGGACUAAUAAGUAUGGAGCUGGUUUUGGGGUAUAUAUUGGAAUAUCUUUGAUAAUAAUUAUUAUGGGAGUCUUUGUGGCACUUUAUUUUUUCUUUAAAAAGCAUCAAGGCCAAGGAAAUGAAACAUUAAAUAAAUAUACUUUAGGAAAUCAAGUACAAUAUGAGCAUGAUUCAGGGUUUGUUGAACAGAAAAUUCCUUUGGCAUUGCCGAACUCAAGUGAUCAAGAUCCAGUAAACAGAAAUUCAUUUUCAUCCGUUUGAUAUAUUUUUUUACUUGCAGUUAAUGUCAUACUUCGUAUUUAUUGAGUUAUUUGUAUUUUACUUUUAUAUUUUUUGUAUUGCAAAUUGUAUUUUUUAAAUCCACAUUUACAGAAAAUAUUUUAUAGUCUUUUA